GUCUAUGUGUUGUGUGCGUUUUCAUACAGUGGUUCGUCUGGUCCUAUCUAUUUUCACUGUUUAUAAAAAUAAUUCAGUGUGCUUAUAACUUUUUAGUCUGAAGUAUAUACUCUGGCUACGUUUUGUAGUGUCUAUAUGUUUGUUUACAAAUUGCUGUAAUAAGUAACAUGGUCUUUAAUUGAAGGGUUUCUUUUAGAUCUAGCAUCGUAUAGGUGAUUUUAGAUAACUCAUAUUAUAACAUACAAAUAAUUCAUACUCUAGAUCAGUGUUUCUCAAACUGUGUUUUCGCGGAACCCUAGAGGACUGAUUAGGAGUACCACGAAGUACUGGAAAAAUUAACUAGGACACCAUUUGAAUUAAUCUCUCUAAAACUAAAUUAGCAAAAUGAUUGUGCUAAGUGUUCCGUUAAGGAAAAAAAUUUGGGAAACAAUUUUCUAGAUGGUAUAAACGCUUAUGGGAAAUUAUAUUUGUUUUUAAAUAUAUUAGGUUACUUACACUGAUUUAACUAUCAUCUUUAAAAAAAGACUAAAUUUGUCGGAUAUAAUAAUAAAAGAAAAAUGAAAUGUUUUCGCUUUUCGAGUGUACCCAUGUAAAGAGCUAAUUUCAUUUGGUCAUUUUUUUUUUGGCAUGUUCACGUGUCCGGCGGUAGGUCAGGGUUCAAAGACGUUGUGAAUAACGUUAGGCAAAUACAAUGUUCCAAGAAGAGAUUACAGUCAAUUCAAUGAUUGGAUAGAGGAAUAUAGUAUUUUAACCCGCAAUAAAUAGGGUUAAAGAAGAACGCCAAAAUAUUUUUUUUUUAAAUAAGUGAUUGUAAAUAACUAUGGCAACUCUCCAAAACAGACAUGUUUUCAUUUUUAUUCCGACAAUAUUAAUAGCGUUACUGCCUGUGUCCCUUGCUUUAUGCCGAUCUGGCCAGUAUUUAUCCACUAACGAAUGCGUGAAGUGUUCUGAAGGAUCUUAUAUGGAUGCUGACAAUCAUACGAAUGAAGCGUGUAAAGAAUGCGAAGAUGCAGAUGAUACUAAAGUAUUUCUACAAGAAUGCAACGCCACGCACAACUCGGAACUAAAAUGCAAGGAGGAAAGAUUCAGCAAAAAUGGGCGCCCUCUAGUUUGUCAGAUUUGCAGUCAAUGCAGUGGCAUCAAUAAGUACGAAGCAGCGAACUGCACGAAAACUAGUGAUACAGUCUGUUGUCCUGAGCCUGCGAUGAAGCUGGAACCUGUUAAUGAAAACACAACGUGCCUCAAUAUUUCUUCAGAUACGAACCUUUGUUGUCUACUAAUAACAACUACAACCUCUAUCGCUUCUUCACCAAAGUCCCAAUCGAAAGAGUCUACUACUGAGAAAAUAACUGGGUCGAAUGGGACUAUGGAUUCUUCAUCUACCGACAACGUGGAAAACUCAAGCAGCAUGGAACCCGGGGCUAUUGCAGGAAUAGUGAUAGGCUUCUUGGUAUUUGCUGGGAUCGUUGUAGCUGUAUUCUACUUUAGGCGCCAAAUACGAAGCCUAUGUGACUCUAAUUCUCCAUCUUCACCUCAACCUACGAUUCAAGAAGUUCCUUUAAUGACACCACACACUUCAUCCUAACUAACAAUGAAAACACAAUUCAUCCUAACUGACAAUGAAAACACACUUCAUCAUUACUGACAAUGAAAACACACUUCAUCCUUCCUAACUGACAAUGAAAACACACACUUCAUCCUAACUGACAAUGAAAACACACUUCAUCAUAACUGACAAUGAAAACACUCUUCAUCCUAACUAACAAUGAAAACACACUUCAUUAUAACUGACAAUGAAAACACUCUUCAUCCUAACUAAAAAUGAAAACACACUUCAUCAUAACUGACAAUAAAAACACUCUUCAUCCUAACUAACAAUGAAAACACACUUCAUCCUAACUAACAAUGAAAACACACUUCAUCCUAACUAACAAUGUAAACACACUUCAUCCUAACUAACAAUGAAAACACACUUCAUCCUAACUAACAAUGAAAACACACUUCAUCCUAACUAACAACGAAAACACACUUCAUCCUAACUAACAAUGAAAACACUCUUCAUCCUAACUAACAAUGAAAACACACUUCAUCAUAACUAACAAUGAAAAUACGCAUCUCAUCCUAACUGACAAUCAAAACACUCUUACACGUUACAAUUUUGUUUAUUUAUUUAUUUAUAUUUUAACUAAUUAUAGUUUAAUCAAUUUACUAUAACAUUAAUCUCGUCAACACGUUCUAACGAAUACGCCAGUUAUGUAUCUUACAGUUACCUUUUAAUUUCUUAUAUACUUUUUUUUAACUGAAGAAAAACAAAAGCUGUGCAUAGUUUUUCUCCUCCGUUUAGUGAUAGAUCCAUUGUAAGUACAAUAAACAAUA